CUGAGCAGAGGGUGGAGAGAGAGGAGCGUCGGGGAGCGCGGGGCCCUCAUGUGGCGCAGGCAGCUAGCGGGGAGAGCAGCGCCCGUUCUGUGCUGUGCAUCUCUCGCAUCUGCCAUCUCCGUCUCGACUUUUUGUGAGUGUGUGUGUGUGUGUGCUCGUGCCGCUGCCACUGCUGGUCGUUGGCCGGGGAGGCGGGGCUGGGCGGGGCUUCAUUGGGAUUCAAGGAGGUGUAUCCGGGGCGCGAAGGCAAGCGAUGAUGAGCAUUGAUUAAAAGGAAAGCAGAAAGGCCGGACCUAGAUCUUCCGUCUCUGCUGCAGCUCCUCCUCCACCUCCACCUCCUUCUUGUUGUUGAUGUUGUGCCUUCUGCUUCUCCCGCUGCUGCUGCGGCUCCCUGAGGAUGGUGAAAUUUCAGCUUCAGUUGCUGCUGUCGUAGCCGGGCUUCGGAGGUCAGCGGGCUGUCUCGCUUCUGCAGCCCUCGAGUGGAGCAUGCGGGCGGAGGCGCCUUGACGGCCGAGCGGGAGACGCUCUCGAGUCCAACGAGUCUGCAGCGAUGCCGCUUUUCCGUUGACGCUGCCUGUCGCGCUUCCUCAUUCGACGACCAGUCCCUGCGAGAGCCUGAAUUUCCCUCUUCCCGCUCGGCGCAGGUCGUUGCUGCUGUCCGGACGAUGGCCUAGUGCUCCUCCUGCGCAGGAAGCUCGUGGGGGAGUGUUCUCUGAGGAAGGCAGUCGGAGAGUGAGAGAGAGAGACAUAGACGAGAGAAAGAGCGAAAGUCAGAGAGAGAGAGAGAGAGAGAAAGAGAGGGAGGGCGUACGAAAUGGAAAUGCAAGAACUCAGGGAACUUCCGGAGAGGGUUACUGAUUCUUUGCUGUGGAACACGGAGAGGGAGACAGGCGAGAUGACAUGGCGUCUGCAGGCGAGCAAUUUCCGUCAGAAGCAAACGACAUUGGAUUCGCCCAAGUCCAUGAAGGGGCAGAUGGAUAGAUGUCUCAAAGUGCUCGGUUUCGAAAAUGGCAUCGAGGAAUAUUAUCAACAGCAGGAAGAAGUGCUCGAAGGGUUCACCGAAAUGGACAGUAUUACGGAGCACGGUUACCUUCCCACGACCACUAACCAGGAAGAAAGAGCCAAUGUCAAGAGGGGAGAGAAGUUUGCCAUUCAGAUCUCCAAUAUUUGCAACAUGUUGUUAUUCGCGGCGAAGGUGUACGCAUCGAUCAGGAGUGGAUCGUUAGCAAUCAUCGCCUCGACUCUUGAUUCCUUGCUGGAUCUUCUCUCGGGGUUCAUUCUAUGGUUCACUGCUGUUUCAAUGAGAGAACCCAAUCCGUACCUGUACCCCAUCGGGAAGAAACGAAUGCAGCCGUUGGGAAUUUUGGUGUUUGCUUCUGUCAUGGCCACUCUGGGACUGCAAAUUAUCUACGAAUCUGUCAGCCGACUUAUCGCCAAGGAUAAUACGCUGGACCUCGUCGGGGAUAAGAGAGACUGGGUGGUGGGCAUAAUGCUCUUUGCAACUGUGGUGAAGCUAGGAUUGACGCUCUACUGCCAGUCUUUCAGCAAUGAGAUUGUCAAAGCAUAUGCUCUGGAUCACUUUUUUGAUGUUGUAACCAAUGUUAUCGGUCUCAUAGCAGCUCUGUUGGCUUCCAUUUUCUACUGGUGGAUUGACCCUGCUGGCGCUAUAGUGCUGGCGUUGUACACGAUUCGAACUUGGUCGAUGACAGUUUUGGAGAAUGUGAACUCUUUGGUCAGCAAAACAGCCACACCAGACUUUUUGCAGAAAUUGACUUACUUGUGUUGGAAUCAUCACAAAGAGAUUCGUCAGAUAGAUACAGUGAGGGCGUAUACGUUUGGAUCCCAUUAUUUUGCCGAGGUAGACAUCGUGUUGCCCGGUGACAUGCCGUUGCAACAAGCGCAUGAUAUCGGGGAAUCGCUCCAGAACAAACUCGAGUCUUUGCCGGAAAUUGAGCGAGCUUUUGUACAUUUGGACUACGAGGUAUCGCACAGGCCUGAACACGCAGGGCACGAGUACAAAUGACAUUCUUGAAACGAGACAGUCGAAUAAGGUCUUGCUUUUUCCCCAAGUGUAAAUGAUCCUUUCUCAGUUUUCAGAUUUCUGAAAGCUCGUGGGCCUGCUUCAAGCCCAGAGCGUCCUCAGCAGUUACGUUGCAACCUGUCUGCAAUCAGAGCACGGAUCAGGCCCGUCCGCUUGCAUUUUGACAGCAGAGAAGACUUGUGGACCGUAUGGCACACUUGAAACUGCAUUUUUCCAAGUUACCUGUGGAGUCUCGGACGACAGGGUAUCGGAGUGACCAGUUAAGACUACUUCGGAGGUGUUUUAUAUCUGUCAGUAGCAUGUUGAGUUCGAGAUAUGUAGGAAUGAAGAUGGACAUGGAACAUCUCAGAUGACAGGGAGCCUUUUCCAGACCAGCUGACCCUUUGACCUGAGUGGACGGUGCAGAUAGGUAGAAGAAAGAGAGGUACGAAGGGUCCUCAGAUUAGGUUCAAAGUUGUUAGUUGUAGAGAAGAAGCCUAGAGAAGAAGCAGACUUCUCUACCUGCAUAUAUAGACGGGUAUCAGCUGGUGGUUUCAUCCGCUCUUCUUUGUGUAUAAACUCCUGCCUUCGGUUUAUAAUCGACUUAUAUCUUGUCGUUCUCAGUGAACACUGUUGGUAUUAAUCUUCCUGUUGAAGGCAGAGCAGUACCCGAGCAAGAUACUUUCUGUAUGG